AUGGGAAAAUCACAGAACAAGCUACAGGUGGUUCAGGCCUUUCAGUCGCUGAGAAGGCUGCGAUGUCAUCGAACAAGCAGCAAGAUGAUAGACUUUAUUGAUGAUGACUCGGACGAUGAACUGGAUCUGGACAUCACUUGCGACUUACUUACACGGAUUCGCUACACUGCUAUCCUGCUGGUAACUUUUUUCCUGCAACCGGAGCUGGGCUCUGUCAUCUUGACGGUGCGAACGCUGUUGAAGAAAGUGUGGUCAUCUGCUCUUUCGCCUGGUGCUGCUGACGGGGCCAAGAUCCAGACUCUGCAGCCGGCCUUCGUGGCCAGGACCAAGUACUGCCGUCUUCAGCUGUCCCUCCUGCGUGAAGACGACAUUGACACUGUUCGUCAGAAGGUGGUGGAUUACCAGAGAUCCGGCAAUAGCAAGAAGAUUCCGCUCACCUGGCUGUUCACGGAGGACGCAGAUUUCUUGAAAGAGAAGUUGGCAAAUCCGCAUGCUAUUGAGGUUGUGUUUAAGUACAUCACUGCUAACAUCUCACCUGAUAUCUUGAAGGAAUGCCUGGCGGUGUACAAGCUGAAAGUCAAGCAGCGCUCCCUCUCUGCGCACCUCGCCGCUAGUCACACCGCUGCUUUAGGAUCCUGCCAUUGCUUUUUUCUCCACCGGCUGCAACCGCGAGGAAUGGAUCUGCACUCAGAUCGGCUGCGGGAAGGCAAAGGGGAAGUCUUUAUGACGGCGGCAGAUCAUGUGGCUGCGGCCAACCACCUGAUCCAGCUGGAAAAGAUCGGCACCGCGACUCGUGUCACCAUGGACAAGGCGGUCCUGGCGCCUCUAAAGAAGGACUACGGGAUGUAG